UUGCACUGUCACAAUGGCUUCUUUGCUUUGUAAAUCAGCGGUGAGAGUGGCCUCGAGCUCUCUUGCUAAUCGCUCUAGAAGCUUCGUUCAGAUCUCGUCGACUUCGUUUCACUUCUCUUUGUCUUCCUCAACACGCAUCCCUCGUGCUUCAAGGGUAUUGGCGGUUGUGAGAAGCGUUGAGUCGUUGAUGCCGCUUCACAGCGCGAUCGCUAAUGCUCGGCUCACGUCAAAUAUUGCAGUCGAUUCCACCUGCUGGAGCUCGCUUUCUCGAGACUUUGCAGUUCCUCGGUGACAAAGACUAAAGGAUCCAAUCAUAUCAAAUCCUAAUUGGGUUGCAUUAGAGUUAAUGUUGGUUCACAUCUUACUUCUGGUCUAUUUCCUAUGGCUGUCACGUGAUUUGGAUUCCCAUCAUAACUUGGAGCAUCACAAUCUAUUUUGAAAAAUAAUAUUAUUCUUUUAGUAAUGGAAAUCUCCUAUUUCCACAAGAUUGUGUUAUAAGGUAAAGAUUCCAAAAUUUGAUGAGAUCAUCUUUCACAUCCUUUCUUUUUGAAUUAUGCUUCCGAAAAGUGCCUAGAAACUCUAUCAAUC